AUGUCCCCCUCGUCACGCUAUGCAACUAUAAACUCUGAUUACCCGGCCUCUGACCUCACAGAUGCACAGAAAAGACACAUAUGGGUGCAGACGCAACUCAGGACUGUCACUAACAACUACCUUGACGGUAUAAACAUCGACUUUGAAGGUACAAUACCGAAAACAAGAGUCGACCUCAGAGACGGAUUAAGUGCACUUGUCAAUGAGGCGUUCAAGACGUUCAAACAUGCGCUGCCUCAUUCUCAGGUGACUAUAGACGUUCCAUACGGACCUGACUGUGUGUUCAACCGUUGCUAUGACUACCCAGCCUUGUCAGUCGUGGUGGACGUUUUUUUCAUUAUGGAAUACGAUGAAUUGGGUGAGGGCCUUGCCAGCCCCAACUCAGGAAUUCCAAGAACAUUUAAAGGUCUGAGCCGCUACAUUGACCUUCUACCGUCACAGAAACUCCUCCUCGGUGUUCCCAGGUACAGUUAUAAGUACAAAUGCGCGACCCUCACUAAGAAUGACCUGUGUAAAACAUCGGGUGCACGGACCUCCAUGCCUUUCAGCGACAUCUACCGUCUGCUGUUAGAUUCGGGUGCUCAGCGUGUGUGGAAUAAGGCCAAUCUCUCACCUUUCUUCAAAUACAAGGAACCAACGACAAACGAGUUAUACCAAAUUUGGUACGACGACCCCGAAAGUCUGUUGUAUAAGUAUGCUCUAGCAGCCAGGACGAACCUCCGUGGGGUGGGUGUGUGGCACGACGACUGCGUGGAUUACGAUAAGUCAACGAUGUUUAACUUCGUCCGCCAGUGGAUGUGGCAUGUACUUCCUCUAAGAUCUGUGAAAGACAUUGUCACAUAA